AUGAUGGAACUAUCUCAGUCGAAUUCCAUGAAAAGCAUAUCAUUCUUAAAGGAAAAUAGAGUUGCCAUAGACGAAUUCAUACAUCAAUUAAAAUUUGUUCAGAGAAGUAACAGUUUGGAUACAAAACAUCAAACUAAUGAAUCAGUUGACGAAGAAGAUGACAAUGAUCGAAUUGAUACUGAAAAAUCGAAAAAGAAACGUGCUUUUAUUCGUGAUGAAAAUGGAGUUUGUAGACCAGGUGAAUUAGAUGAAGAUACAAAUAUGAGUAAAAAUAAUGAAUCACGGUCGUCUGUUGUAGAUCGUACAGCUGCAGAACGAAUUUCAUGUCGUUUGGUUCAACAGCGUAGUUUAUAUUUUGGAUUGUAUCGUAAACUGAAUAAUUUCAACAUGGAUUCAAACAGCAGUUCUACUCAAUCUGGUAGUGGAAUUUCGGAGAAUGAUGAUAAUUUCAAUGAGAUUAGCAAAUUGAAAAAGGAAAAUAACCAGUACCAUGAAUACUACGAUGAUAAUGAUAAUAAUGAUGGCGGUGAUAUUCAACUUGAACAAUCACUCUAUAAUAUAGAUAUGGAAAAUGAAGAAAGAGAAGAAGAAGAAGGAGAACAAGAAGACAGUAUUACUAUCCAAAAUGAUAAAUUUUACACAAAUCGUAAAAUUAAAGAACUUGGCAAAGAAUUCACAUUAAAAGAUAUUUUGGGUCAUCGUGUACCAGAACUAGAAAUUGACAAUAUAAAGGAUGAUGAAGAUAUGGGACAUAAUGAAUGA